CGAUAAAACCCAGUCAUCGUCAGCUGUCAGCAGAUUUAGUUUUUCUGGAAAAACAAACCAACUAAAUUUUCCCGUAACGUAACACUUUUCCGGCAAAAUAAAGCAGCACCGUUCCGAAGAGAAGAAGCAACAUGAACUGGCAUUCGGGCAACAUUGCAGAGGCCGUGGCGGAAUCAAAAUCCAAAAAUGCCAUCUUUGUCGUCUACAUACAAGGUGAAAACGAGCUGUCCAGCAAGCUGGAGGGAUUCGUGAACGACGCGCAAGUGCGGUCCCGCCUAGAGAGCUCGGACUUUGUGGCCAUCAAGGUCCCAGGCGACAGCACAGCCUAUGGGCAGUUCAUGUCCCUCUACAAAGUCGUCCCCAUUCCAUCGAUCUUCUUUAUUGGCAAAUCGGGCACGCCACUAGACGUGGCCACUGGCAUUAUUGCCAGCGCCGAGGAGCUGGCCGCUAAAAUCGACAAAGUUCUUGUCCUGGCAGGGAAAAAAGAGGAGAACCAGCUGUCCACCACAAGCAGCAGCUGCUCCUCAGCCAACCCAGGCACAAGUCCACGACGCAUUGCCGGAGCCGAUGACAAAACAUAUGAAAAAACCGAGCAACCCGAUCCAGAUGAAGUGUCGAUGGCAACCAGUCUGGCCAGCAAAUCAGCUGCUUCGACCACGGCACCCGAAAGCAGUGCAACAGCAGCCCCAGAGAAACCCAGCGUUUCUUCUACAGUUGCUGGAUCCACAGAGCCCUCAAGGGACAACGAGAAGCCAUCGACAACUUCACCUGUUGAGACGUGUGAGACCCCGGCCGCUGCAGAGGUGCCCCCUUUAGGAGGCUCCAGUGCGAGUCCCUCUCAGGCUGCCACUUCUGCCGCCGCUGCGGCUGAGAGAAGAGCAGCUGUCGCCGCUGCGGCAGCGCCUGCUCCUAUUCCCACUCCGCUACCUUCUGGGCCGUUGUCGGCAGUGCCCGAGCCCACGCAGCGGCACCUAACCGAUUCCGAGGUGCAAAUGCUCGAGGUCCAGAAAACAUUGGAGGAGAAGCGACGAGAGCGAUUGCAGCAGGAGCAACGCCAGCAGAGGGAGAGUGAUGUGAGGCGUCGUCACGAGGGAAGGGAGACCCAAGCCCAUACCCAGCAGGCGCUCACUAAGGAGCAGGAACUCAAGAAAAUGCAGGAACGCAUUCGUCGCAAUCGCCAGGAGGAGCAGGAGACGCGCGACCGAAUCCGCGCCCAAAUCGCUGCCGAUCGGGCGGAGCAGGCGCAUCGUGUCCUCAUAGCGGAGGACGUCCACAGCAUAACGACCUCGACCUCGACCGCGGCCGUCACGACCGACUCUACCUCUACCACUAGCUCGGUGGAUGAGACUCGUCUGCAGAUCCGUUUGCCCGGUGGCAUACACCGCACAAAGUCCUUCCCAGUCGGCGCUCUGCUAGGCACCGUUCGCGUCUACGUGAGGAAUGAACUGUUGUUGGGCACCGAUACGCGCGACUUUACUCUGGCAACAAGCUACCCCCGUCGGGAGUUUCGUACGGAGGAUGAGGUGAAGACCCUGCUGGAGCUGAACCUGGUGCCCAAUGCGGUGGUGCUAGUGCUGACUAAAGAGCAGAUAAACCGCGUGGUGCGCACCGGUGGCUCAUUGAUGACAAUGCUGACCACGGUCAUGUGGGCCAUGAUUACGCCGGCAGCCAAGGCAUUCGAUUUCAUCCUCAAGAAUGGAUGGCGUCCGCUGUCGCAUAGGUUCACCGUGAUGCUGGCCAACGUUCGCUGGCCGAAUCGUGAGGGCGGUGCCAAUGUGGUCCUGGUCCAGGGUGACGCUGCCGCUCGGCGCAACAUGGAAAUGUUCUCUAUGCGCCCCAUGCCGGCGCCAGGUGUCAAUCCGCAGCCGGAAGCACCCGAGGCAGCAUCAAACACACCGCCAUCCUCGACGGGAACAGAAAACGAUGCUGCAGGACAGCAAGCAGUUCCGCAGCCGCACCAGACACCGCCGACUAGACCCGAGUUCCAGCAGCGUCCGGGGGGAUACCAGCCACCGCGCUAUGGGGAUGCCAACAUACGACGGCUGCACGAUUCAAAGGACGACAAGGACAACAAGGCCACCUACAACGGCAACUCAACGCAACAGCAAUAAGGAAGAACCACAAGGAAGGACUCUAUUAAUAUAUCCACUAAACCUACUGCAUAAAUAUCUGUUAAACCAAAUUAAAAUCGUUAACUAAA